AUGCGACUGCAACUUCAGCAGGAGCAGAUUGCCUGGGAGAAUGACCGGCGGGCUCGAGAGCAUUUCCAGUCUCAGGUGCAUCUUCAGUACCAGCAGUCCCCGUAUCGUUCUCAGCAGCGCUCCGGGAUGAAACUCAAGCAGGAGGAUGCUCAGAUGCCUAUUCAGGGUGCUCAGAACGCGGUGAUCAACAACCAGGUGGGCAAGGUCAUCAAACAGGAGGCCCAGACGUUGGGAGAUCUUGAGGGCCAGCAUUAUGUACGAAAGUACGUGGCAGUGACUCGAGAGGACUACGGUUACAUGGGCUACUACUCGACCACUGAGAUGAUGGCCAUCAGGCAGCGCGAGAGAGUCGCUGGUCCUCAGCCCAAGAGACCGGCGCUGAAUGGCGACCCGGAUGGUGAGUACGUCUGGUCUAUUUGA